AUGAUUGAACGAAGACUCCUUAUGCUCGAGUCCUACUACACCAAGGACACCAAUAGGCAAUCAUGGCGCAUCACGAAUCCUCCCGGCCUGCCCUUCUACGACAGCAUCAAUGAUUAUGAAUUUGUCCGGCCAGCCCAUUGCAGGCCUGGAGUGAUCGACGAGGUUUCCAAGGUCAUAUCUCUCAUGUCAACAUCUGACGAAUGGUAA